CGGAAUUUGAUGAUAGUGUACUCAUGCCACAAGAAUACCCGAUUAAGCGUAAUGAUUUAGCUGAUCAAAGACCUAGUACAUCAUUAGCACCUCACAUUAAAAAAUCAUCUAGAAAUACUAACAAUUCAACAUUUCUCACAGCCCAAACGAAGGUUGGAAAAUACAAUCAUGAAUGGUGUGAUGCAUGCGGAGGUGAAGGUAGAGUUAUAAUGUGUGAUGGUUGCGAUAAUUCUUUCCACGCAAGUUGUUUAGAUCCACCUAUGGAUUUAGGUGAAUUAUCUGAAGACGUUGAAUGGUAUUGCAGAGUUUGUCAAUUUACAAAUAAUAAACCACGGCCUCCUACGAAUUGGUCAGAUCAAUUAAUGUAUCAUCGUGAUAUCAGCAAUCCAAAAUCAUUUAGUUUACCAGUGUCAAUUAGGAAGUACUUCUUUGGUGUUGAAACAGCAUACGAUGGUUCUUACUCUACUUCGAGUGAUACCAAAACAGUAAAAACAGAUCGUUUUGGUGCUGCACUUACGGAACGUGAUGCCUAUCCUACAAAAGACAAGCAUGGGAACGCAGUAAAGUGUUACAAAUGUAAAGGUUCAUCAGCACCUUCAUUAUCACCUAGCAACGAUAAUGACCGAAAUAGAGCGAUCACAGCAUCAUCUUCAACUUCAACUACACACACUGAAUGGCGUAAAAUGAUUAGUUGCGACUAUUGCAAUUGUUAUUGGCAUUUAGAUUGUCUAACACCACCUAUAACUCAGAUACCUUCAAUGUCAAGAAUGUGGAUGUGUCCAUUGCACGCUGAGCAUGCGAAAUCAUUACACAUGAAAAUGAAAAAUAGGAUACCAAAAGAAAAUAUAAAAGAAGUAAAUAAUAAACUCUCACGUUCGGAUAGUGUUACAAUUAUUGGAAAUAGUUCAAAGAGGUCUAAAAAGUCAAAUGACAGACUAGAUAAAGAAAAAUUUCAUAUACCAGAGCAAUCUAUACAGUUAGACUUUUGGAAUAAAGUUAAAAAAGGCAAAGGUUCUAGAUUACGUUAUUCGAAGUCAUUCCUUGAAGAUGUUCCAACGGUGAAUGCAGUUGAGGGGUUAAUGGCACUAUCAAAGCCAUCACCGAGUGAGACGAGAAAGAUGGUACGUCGAGUGAUGCAAGGUAGGAGUGCGACAAUUAAAGAGGAAAAUGAUAAGGGAGAAGAAUCAGAUAGUAGUUCAUUAAGUUCAGCACCUGUUUCAGAUGAUGAAGAAAGUAAUAAGAAACAUCUAAUCGACGAAUCACGUUUAAGAAAGAUCAAAACAAUUGAAAGGUUACUACAUAUCAAAGGAGAGAAAGAAACGAUAGAAUUUUUAAUAAAGUGAAUUGUUGUAAUAAAAUAAAUAAAACUAUGGUAUUG